ACUUAGCGAUCGCCGCAACGCAACGACAUCAGCAGCCUGAGGCGCAUCCUUGGCCGGCCAUUGAUGGCUCAGGAGGGACCUGGCGGCUCCUCAAAAAAUGCCCGGCGAGUAGUCCUACGUCAGAAUAAUCUUGUCGCCUGGGAGCAAGCCGAUACAGUCUCAUCGGGCAGAGCGCUCGAUGCUUCGCUCAAGAAGAACACAGGCUACAUUAAGCGACUGCGUAGCUCAUUGAAUGCUGCAGACUCAGUUGCAGUACUGCUCAAGGAGACGAGCACGCUCAGCUUGGAGAAAUACCUGAGCGAGAUUGUCGGCGCUGCCGUCGAGGGCGUUGGACGCUGCAAGACCGCCGUUGAGAUACAAGGCGGCGUAGAGGUCAUCUCGGCACUCCAUUGCCGAUUCCCUACCCUCUUCACGCGUCCAUUCAAAUCUCAGCUGUUGGCAAGCUUGCAACCCUGUCCAAAGGACACAUCUCAGCCUGUCGAUCAGCGAGAAAGGGAAGAAGCCAGUCGUGUUAUCAGACAGCGCAGUCUCUUGCGCGUCCUCGGCGAGCUUGAAUAUGUGGGCGUAAUCAGACCAGACAAAGCUGGCCAAGUGGGCGACGUACUCUUUGCCGCCUUUCGCGAUCUUCUUACCGCUGAUAAAGAUGCGCUGGUCGCGUCCAUACCGCUCGCUGUCUCUUUCGCAAAGCAUCUCAGUCCCCUCUACUUAUCGACUGCGCCAGAAGAAGACGCAGGUAGUGUUGUACAACCGGCAGAGAAGGCAAAGUUCAGACAGCUCUUGUCUGCCUACUAUGACGCAUUGUCGAAACGCUCAGUCAAAGAGCACACGCAUCUGCUCCAGACCGAUCAACGCAACCACGAUGCGUAUAUCAGAUCAGGCGAGAUAUUCGAGGACCGCGCGCAAGUAUAUGAGAAGCUAUCGCGCAACUGGGAGAAGCUCUGGGCAGGUGUACAGUCCCUGUCCGAAACGCUCGCUCUGCCCUUGCCAACCUUACCGCCCUUGCCGUCUGCUGUCAUUCCAGGAGGCUCGCUGAUUUCGGACGGAACAGCUCGUACAGAAGGCGUCUAUGAAACUUCCGGUAGUGUGUGGCUGGAUGAAGAAGAGAAACGGUUCUACGUGGACUUGCUCGAUCUCAGUCUCGAGGUUCCCGCCUCGCUUCUGGGAGUUGCCAAAGAGGAUACCAAGCCAGAUACAACGACUCUGCCCGAUAUCGAUGCACCCGUCAGAAGCGACGACCUGACGGAAGAAGAGCUACAAAAGGACUAUGUUGAGCCGUCCCUCGGAACUGCAGACGAGCCCUUGCCUGCAGGCCCAUCGGCCCAGCUGACCGCUUUGCUUGCGCGUUUGCCGGAGAUGAGUAGUGUAGAGACGAUAGACCGGGCCGCUGUCGAAUUUGCAGGCCUCAACAGCAAGGCAGCCCGCAACCGUCUCGUCAAGGCCCUCUUCUCCUUCAAUCGCAAACGACUCGAUUUGAUACCCUUCUAUUCUCGCCUUGUCGCCACUCUGAACGUGUACAUGCCAGAUGUAGGCGCAAACCUCCUUUCGCUGCUCGAUGACGAAUUCCGCUAUUUGGCGAAGCGGAAGAAUAUCGAGUUGACGGAAAUGAGACUCAAGACGCUCAGAUACAUCUCUGAGCUCACCAAAUUCGGCGUUACGCCUUUGCACUCGAUACUACACUAUUACAAAGUAUGUCUAGACGAUUUCGCCCGUCACAAUAUCGACAAUAUCUGUAUCUUGCUCGAGAGCUGCGGCAGAUAUCUUCUCCGGUCAGAGGAUUCAAGGGAACGCUUCAAGCCUUUGCUGGAUGUCUUCAAACGGAAAAAGAGCGUGCAAAACCUCGAUCAACGGCAGAUUGCCAUGCUCGACUCGGCAUACUAUCAAUGCGACCCGCCCGAGCGGGCUGCUAUCGAGCAUAAGCAGCGAUCGGACAUGGAGCUCUUCAUUCGCUAUCUCAUGUACAAUCUGCUCGGUCGACACACUCUGGAAAAGGUGUUGAAGCUCUUGCGUAAGUUAGACUGGAACGAUGAGCUCGUGCAUCGCAAGAUCUUCAACACCUUUACGAAGAUUUGGAAGGUCAAGUUCAGUCAGAUCAGUCUCGUCGCUGUCCUGCUCUAUGAUAUGUCAAAAUUUCAUGCCGAGUUCACCAUCUCCGUUAUCGAUCAGGUCUUGGAGAACUUCAGGCUCGGACUCGACCAGAACUCAUUCAAGCAGAACCAGCAGCGAAUCGCGACUGUCAAGUACCUUGGCGAGCUCUACGUGUAUAGGGUCGUAGAUUCUCGCGUCAUUUUCGAUGUCCUCUGGUCGCUCGUCACGUUUGGACAUCCCGAAGGACGCCCUUGGCCAGACUAUAACAGUCCUACCGAUCCCCAAGACGACUACUUUCGCAUCCGACUUGUAGCCACUUUGCUCGACUCUGUCGGACCUUUCUUCGACAAAGGCGGUCUCAAAGUCAAGCUCGACGGCUUUAUGACCUUCUUUGAGCUCUACCUAUUCUGCAAGAAGCCACUGCCUAUCGAGGUUGAAUUCCUCGUGUCUGAUCUGUUCGAGAAGCUCAGACCAGCAAGCGCGAGGGCGACUUCGUAUGCAGAGGCAGCGCUAGCACUGGACGAGCUCGUUGCUCAGGCUAGUGACCAGCUUGACUUGCCAAGAGCAGGCGAUGAGCUCGAUCGAAGGGAAAGUGAUAGCUCAAGCUCAACGUCGAGCUCGAGCAGCGAUGAGACGAUAGAGGAUAUCGAUCUCUCCGAUGACGAAGACGACGAUGCCACUCCUAUCGCACUCUCAGACGACGAAGAGGACAUCAACGCUCGACCUCGUCACGUGGGCAUGUCAGCGGAAGAAGAAGAUGCGUUCAGCCAGGAGCUUGCAAAGAUGAUGGUCAGCAACUCUGAAAAAACUCGUCAGAUCCCAAAGACGACGCUGGCCGACAUCGUCCUGCCUGUUCGCAAGCGAGAAGCGUCGGGUAGUAUGGCUCCUCUGCCUGUCGAGCAAGAUCAUAUGAGCUUUACGCUUCUGUCCAAGAAAGGCAACAAAGCUCAGGCACGAACGAUGCAGAUCCCGUUGGCAUCGACGAUUGCAGUAAACAGCAUGACGAAGCAAGCACAAGACGUGGCGGAGAAGCAAGAGCUCAAACGAUUGGUGCUCAAUUACGAACACCAAAGCGAAGCGGAUACAAAGUCAAGCCCCAUCAGACAGCACCGACAACGACCAACAUAGAUUUAUCAAGGCUACAUGGACCAUCUAGACGGACGAGUUCUCGCCAUCUGAUAGCGACCAGAGAUACCAGACGGCGAUGGAGCGGUACGGUCGCCAGGACUGACUGAGCUCUUCCAUCUCCUCUGGCGAGAGGUAGAUGUUGCCCUUGAGCUUCUUGUUGAAGCGGGCUUGCAAGACCGCGCGUGAAGCAAUGGUCUUUGACGGCGGCAAGGGCGGCAGCUCGUACCUGCGCUCGACAGCAGGCGAAAGGGGAGUAUGAAGCUGGAAAU